AUGAGGUUGAAUUUCAGCCAGCCUGCGACUCCGACGCUGAGCCGCCAAAACACAGGGCUGUACAGCCGGCACCACCAGCGCCGCAGGACGCAUCCCCACCAGCUGUCGUCGCGCGCAAAGCCCAGAAGAUGGCCACUUGUCUUCCGAUUCAUCAAGGGGGCGAUCCACGCUGCGAUCUUGCUACCCGUUUUCCUCCACGCCGUGUUCACGGCCUUCGUGGUAUAUCUCGACACCUACGUCUUCGACACGGUGGGCUUACCCACUACUAUCAUCCCCUCCCUAUCAAUCGUGGUCGGCCUAAUGCUCGUCUUCCGUAACCAAACCUCCUACAAUCGGUUCUGGGACGGUCGAAACGGAAUGAGCUCCCUGAACGCCUGCGUACGCAAUCUCGUCCGCACAACCAUAACAAACAGCUACAACGCUAAGCGCGGCCCACCCACCUUGUCCGAGCGGGAAGACAUCGAACGCACCGUACGCAUCCUAAUGGCCAUCCCCUACGCCGUCAAGAACCAUCUCCGCGCCGAAUGGGGUGCCGCCUGGGUUAUGGGCGGGACAUUUGGGACGGACGUGGACGAGCGCGGCACUACGGCGUAUAACCCCGAUUAUGCAGGCUUGCUCCCUGUUGGUCUGGAGGGCCAUGAAGAUGAAGGUUUGGGUUUGCCGUACCAGCUGACUUUUUUUGUGGAUGGAUUUAUCAAGCGUGGCGAGGAUAGAGGUUGGUUUAGUGCCCCUGGCGCAAGCCAGAUGCAGGCGCAGUUGAAUGCUCUGAUGGAUGCGUAUGGGCGCAUGGAGACUAUUAAGCUGACGCCGAUUCCGGUGGCUCAUCUUAUUCACCAAAAACAAGUCCUCGCGCUGUUCGGCUGCGUCCUCCCCUUCGCCAUGGUCGACGAGAUGGGCUGGUGGGCUAUCCCCAUCGUCAGCCUGGUGAUUUUCACUCUGUACGGGAUUGAGGGGAUUGGAUCCCAGUUAGAAGAUCCCUUUGGGUAUGACCGAAAUGAUAUCAAGAUGGAUGCCCUUGUUGGUGACUCGAAGAUGGAGAUUGAUGUUGUGUUGAACGAGUGGCGCGCGAGGUCAAAGGUUCUGGAUGCUGCUGCUUCUACCGCGGUGCAUGCUGGUCAUGGGGAGCGGUGUAAGGAUAACUUGUCCGACGUUGGAAACAGGGGCGAUCGCGAGGAGUUGUUUGAGCCGCCGGAAUUGUUCUUGAAGUUGAGGCCUAGGACGGCGAUUUAG